AUGGAAAAUUUCCUAACGUGGAAAUUCCGCGUGGACCAAAUCGCGCCAGUCGCGCGUUCGCGUGGUUGCAAACACGCCAGGGAAGUGAUUGGACCCGACGACCAAUCAGCACACUCGUUUCUCUUUCAUCUGUUUCGCCUCUUCGUUCAAUCUGAAUCAAAACUCUGCCUUAACCUCACCAUCCUCAUCUUAAAACCUCUUCAUAAUACUCGUUCAUUUCGUCAAAGCCCUCUCAGUCAAAUCAUGUCAUCUCAAACCGGCCGUAUCGAUAACAUCACAGCUCAAAUCGCCUCUCAAAGCAACCGCACGCAACCGUACUCGUUGACCACACCAAGGGGCAACAGAACCCUCCUUGUGGGUCCCAGCGGUUCUGCCAACCGCGCCGAGCAGCGAAGCAUACGAGGUACAGGCUCGCAAACCUCGGUGCGAGGGGGCAAUGACGGUAAUAACGACGGCGAUGUGGCUCACAUCAUGGCUGCGAUUACCAGUCUUUCUGGUAAGGUAGAGAAAGAGAUGCUUGUGAUGUCUGAAACGCUCCGUCAAGAGAUUGAGCACAUGUCGAGCAAGAUCGACGAGGACAUCGGUCAGUUGGCCAGUCAAGUGGACAAGCAAAUUGCUUCGGUGGCAAACAAGCACACCGAGGACUUCAUAACUUUGUCCAACAAGCUGGACCAAGUUAAUGAGUCCGUUGAUGUCAUCUCGACCCAUGGUGGUGGACCUCCUGGUUCUGCUCCUGGCGCGGCGGCUGCAGCGAACGCCCCCGCUGUCGGAACCGGGCCCUGGUCCUACUCGCCUGAGCUGAAAAGUAGGGUGUAUACGGAGGCAUACGCAUCGGUUCCAUUACCAACGAUCGGCGCGUAUACAAAACUUCACAACCCAAAUGGGGAUGUGUUACCCAAUUCAUUGUUUGCAACUAUUAAGCGGGCAAUCAAAGCUAUCCCCGGCAGCUGGGCUAGCGAACAACUGCCUCCAGUCGUUAAUGGUGCCCAGAACGUCGCCGACACCCAAACGUACGCGACCUUAGUUAAGGACGCUGGGAAGCACGCCCGAGAGCGGUUGCAUAAAUUGGUGUUGCUCAACAUCAAAAAUAACCCUGGUAGCACUGUGCCCUGCAUGAAACGUCUUGUGCAUCGUAUCGCUCAAGAUUGUGGAACAACGGCUGAUGGCCUAGAUGAGGAAGCCUAUUGGAUCAAAUGCACCGUUCAACACCGCCUCCGUAUCGCAUACCUUCGACGAGAAGCCCUACGCAUCUUUCAAGAGCGUCGUCGAGGCGGAGCCGGAGGCAAUAUCUGGGCGCGAGUGGACCAACACCUUCACCAUUUGGCUGUUCAAGGUGCCUUAUAUAGUUCUGCGUAG